UUGUGUUUAGAACUAUAGGGAAAGUGGUAUUUUAUCAGUGAUGAAAGAGCCUUCAUUCAUAAGGGGAAAACAUGGCCUACUGAAAUGUAUGGAGUGAGGACCAAGAAACUUUCAUUACAAAAGUGGUCAAUUGCUUAAUACCAAGACAACAAAAUAAUGAAAAUCAAGAGAUAACACUACAACAUAAAACCUUGGGUGGUGAGAGAAAUAAAUAACAGAUGUAGACACUUUGGGAAGAUGAUCACAGUUACCAACAUACUUUUUAAGUACAAGAGCCAUUGUCUCUCCUUCAAAUGUAUCAUCGUCCACCUGGUAUGAGCAAAAGAGACUCCAAAGCUCUCAGUCCUUGGUUUUCUAAACGCUGACAAUCAAGCAUCUGUGUUCUUGCCCAAGUGUAUAUUCCCCACAUAAAAAUAACAAUGACAGCUACUACUGGCAUGGAAGAUGGAACAUGGAGUGACGGGAAGAUGGAAGGAGAUGGUGGUUUGAGGACUUUGGAGUGCCUCAGAGGGAGACUGCUGGCAGAGAGGCAAGCUUCUAGGGUUGCAAAAGAGGAUGCAGAACUCAUUGGCAAGAAGUUAGUAGAACUACAGAAGCAGCUCAAAGAAGAGAUCAAACUGAAGGAAAAAGCAGAAAAGAAGCUCAAAUAUUUGAAGAAAAAGCUUGAAUCUUUGAAUAUUUCCUCCAAAAAUAGUGAAAAAUCUUGUACACAAUCCACUACUACUUCAUCAGGAUCCAAUCAUCCAGAAACCCAUGAAGCCAAAUCCAAAGUUGCAGAGUCAGAAAUCCCAGAAGAAUCAAGACAAAAUGCAGCAGACUCCACCACAUCUGAGCAAAGCCAUGAAAGUACUUUCACUGAAGAAAACACUUCUUCUCAAAGCACUUCUGGUUCCAGUUCUAGUUCCAGCUUAGAAUGUUCUUCACCAAAAGGGUUCUGCCACAACCCAACUCAUAAAUCUGAAGAUCCAGGGAUUGAAGAUAGUAAUAGGUAUGUAAGUCCGAUUAACCUGACCGGUUCUAUCAGGUUUAGUGUCCGUACUUAGGGUAGAUAUUUUGGCACUCGGCUUUUAACCAUACGUACUCCAAGUUAAAUAUUAAUAAUCUUUAUGUGCUCAGAAGAAGUGCAUACAGCUAAAAUAGGAGCGUUAAAAUCACUGGUGUUUAGAAAUAAUCUUUGACAUUCCAUGUUGGGAUCUGCUUAAUUAAGCUAAUUAGAAUAAAAUUUGCAAAAACUUUUCAGUUGUUCUGAAUACAUUUGCAUUAGUACCUGUGAA